AUGCGGGUUGACCGGCUGGAGACGGGCAUGGCUUGGGCGGAGGAGCCACCGUCGCGCACCCGUCAUAUAGUAGGCAACCUGGUGGUGGAGCAGGUAUCGGAAGGAAUGGUGAAGGCCAAAACGGCGUUCAUGCUGUACCGCUCACACCACGAGAAAGACGAAAACAUCUUCGCCGGAAGCCGUGAGGACGAGCUGCGCAGGACGGAAGAGAGGUGGAAGAUUGCUCGGCGGGCGAUUGUGCUGGACUCGAGCGUCAUUCUGGCGAAGAAUCUGAGCGUGUUUUUUUAG